CUCUCUCGUAAGUACGUGAGUACUUUCUCUCUCUCUCUCUCUGGGAGUGCAUAGACAAAAGCAAGUGCAACAGAAAAGCAACGAUAACCGAGAAAGGCAAAAGAGCCAUUAAAUUUCUCUGCAGACCCCAUUUACUCUGUCUCUCUCUGUCUCUCUGUCUCUCUCUGAUGGUGUUGCAGGCUUUGAGAUUGUGAGUGCGAAAGGCGCAGAAAGAGAGAGAGAGAGAGAGAGAGAGAGGUUGGCGUCAUGGGCGAUGGCAUGCGAGAGAGAGAAGCCACGUGCUCCUCCUCUGCGGCGCGUCAACCGCCCGACGAAAUCUCGCUCUUCCUCCACCAGGUCCUCCAACGUUCGGGCCGGAGGCCGGAGAAUCCCGGGGGUCCGUCCCGGCUGGUCGAGGGCGGCGGCGGGAUCUCGUCCGUCGGCUCGUCCGACGGGGUCAACAACUUCUCUGCCUCUGCUUCGGGUGGUGGGUUCCUCGCGGGUAAUGCGAUAGUGAGUGCGGUUGCCGCCGCUGCUUCUUCUUCUGUCGGGGCCAGCGAGAAUGAAGCUGAUGAUUAUGACUGUGAAAGCGAGGGACUCGAAGCUUUGCUGGAGGAAGUUUCUGCCAAGGCAAAUCCGCCUCGUAGCUCAUCCAAGCGAAGCAGGACAGCUGAAGUUCAUAAUUUGUCGGAAAAGAGGAGGAGGAGCAGGAUCAAUGAGAAAAUGAAAGCUUUGCAAAGUCUAAUUCCUAACUCUAACAAGACUGACAAGGCAUCAAUGCUGGAUGAAGCCAUUGAAUACCUUAAGCAGCUCCAGCUCCAAGUUCAGAUGCUAUCUAUGAGGAACGGAUUAAGUUUGCAUCCGAUGUGCUUACCCGGGGUCGUGCAACCCAUUCAACUUCCCCAGAUGAGAAUAGGCUUUGAUGAGGAAAAUGGCCCCCUGCAUAUGAACAUGGCACCUACUUUUCCAGUCAACAAUGAAACCUCAACAGAAAAUGUGUUUGGUCUACCCAAUGAUCGUGCUGUUCCAAGUGAGCCUUCCAUGUCAAAUAUGAUGAACUCUGAAAUUUCUUUUGGAUUGGAAUCAUCCAUCCGAACACAUCCUGUAACAUUUCAACUGAAGCAAUCAACUUCUGGGGAUAUUAACCGGGAAGAUGUGGCUCCGUGUGGCCGGCAUCAACCUUCAAUUAUUGACCGAUCUGAUGCAGAUCCAUUCGGUGUGAAUAUGAAACCUGCUUAUUCUUUGAGCAAAAUGGGACUUGAGAUGGGUGAAACCGCUGCACAGUCACUUCCCUUGGCUUCGCUAAUGUCUAAUAGGAAAGGUGGAUUGCUAGAGUCAUCUGCAGCCGGUAGGGAUCGUCCUUAAGUUGAAAUUCUCUAGAUGGUGAAGUCAAAAGAAGAACAGGGAUGACUCUUCAAAUUAGCUGCUCCUGAAUUUGGUGAGGAACAAACUUUGCAAGCUUCCAUCAAUUUCCUGAGGGAGCUAAGUGGAGUUAUGGUUGAGAUGGAAAUUGGCCCACCACAUAUGAGACUGUCCAUAAAAAAAAAAUAAUAAUAAUGGGUUGGGCCUGAGCAUUUUUUAUCUUUUACGUAAAGUACUUUGACAUGAUCUAUCUCCUAAGUGUUCUUUUUUGUCCCUUUCUUUUGGGUGAUAGAGAUCAUCCAUCUCUAGUUUCUAAGGUUAACAUGCAUUGUUCACCGAUACUUAUGUAACAUAUGUGAAGAUUCUAUGAUUCCUCUGGAGGAAUGAUCUUGGUACUUGAAACACAAUUGACCCACAAGGACAUUGUGUGAAAACCCAAUUUCCAAGAAAUUCCAUCUUUCUAGGAUGGAAAUUGCAGUGUUCUGAAUCUGAACUGGCAUUGGAUUACAGGUAACCCAUAGUUUGUUUGUAAGU